AUGUAUUGGGUUUUGCUAACUGUAACCGUAUUAUUAUCAGCUAUAACAAUCCCAACAGGAUCCGAAUUAUUGGAUCUGUCGAAUUCAAACUCAAAUUGUCAAUGUCGAGAUUGUGAAUGCUCCAAAAGGCAAAAGAAAGCCGAAAUUGAUUUUGAUUUUUCUGGUGAUGUCACUAGGAAUGCCCUACUUCGAAAGCGUCGUAAAAACAUUGAGGAAUUACUGAGAAAUUUCCAUAUAAAUUUGGAAAAUGAAAAGAAAGCUGCUCAGGAAAUUCGAGAUGUAAACGCAGCUAAAGGGCAUGACAAGGGUGUGUCGAGGAAUUUCUCGAGAUCUACAGAAAAUGGAAAAUAUUUGGAAGAAAAUACAGAAAAGAAAUCCGCAAGACCCAAGGGAUCACCUAAGGCUAACGUAUCAAAGCAGAAGGAUAAUAAGUCUGGUACUCAACAUAAAAUAAAGCCCAGAGAAAGAGCAACUAUUAACACAAAGAAGAUCCCUGAUCAUAAUACCAAUCAUAAUAAUGUGUCGAAUAAAGGCAAAGGAGGGAAGUCUACAUAUGGCAAGGAAUUGGACCUUAGAUACCAUAAUAAUGACAAAUUAUCUGAUAAAUAUCCUCAUCACUUUACUCGAUCUAAUAUUAAGAGUAAAGAAAAACAAAAGGUCAAUUCAAAGGAGAGGAAACAAGAAAAUAUUAAAAGCAAUCCCCAAAAAUUAGGAGAUCAACUGCAUGCGUCCCCUGGCCCUGAAAUCGCAAAUUACAAGAAUGAUAGAGAAACUCAAGAUGAAAAUGUGUAUGAAUCGAGCGAUUAUGAGGAUUAUAAUUAUGAUAUCCAAGAUCUAGAACAUUGUAAAGAUAUGGAACCAUUAUAUCAGAAUGCCUGCUAUAAUGAAUUACAAACUGCGAAACAUACCUCGAAAGCCAUUGACAACAGUAUUUCAAAUAAUUUCAAAAAUCCGCCAAAAGAAAACUUUCCAAAACCAUCGGACACUAAACUUUCUAAUGAACUCUCUGAAGAUUAUCCACUGGAGGAGGUUCCUUUACAAGAGCUUCCCUUAAAAGAGGAAUCCUUAUCAGAACUACUUUCGCCAGAGGUUCCCUUAAAAGAUGUGACCUACAGUAACCUCCAUUCAUCCCAUAACAAUGAAUUACAAUUAAAGAAAAAUAAUCUCUCCGACGAAGCCAACUAUAAAUUAUCGAAAAUUGAACAAGAAUCGGCUGAAACAAAUAACAACAAUUCGAAUAGUUUUUGGCGCUGGCCCUGGAGUGCUGAAAAACGUUCUUCGGAUUUUAAUGCAAUGGAUGAAAUUAAAUUGAAAACAAGUAAUCGGUUAAUGGCCAAAGGUUAUGGUCCCUCAUUGCCGAGUUAUUCGUUAGGAGAGAAUCUUAGAGAGUUACGGAUUGAUAAUUUAUUGAAGUCCCAAGAGGAGGGUAUUUUGAAGAAUGGGAUGAAUUGUCAGGAAGAGGGUGUGAAUGAUGACAAUUUAAAUGACUUUAAAAUUGAGGAAGAUGCUGUGGAUUGGAAUCCUGGCAAUGUGGUAGAGAAAUGGAAUCACAUUCGUAGAAAGAGAUCAAUUGAUGAGUCGGAAGAGCAGGAACUGUCAACUCUAAGGAAUGAAGAAAACUAUCAGCAAAAACAUCAUAUCACCAAACGUGAUGGUUUUUACUAUAAAGAAAAUCCAGAUCAAAACUUCGAAAAUAUCAAUUAUGAAGAUUUAGAAGAAGCACAGAACGGUCUAGCGAGAAUUUCCAAUACCAAAAAUAAUCCUAACAGGCGUUUCAAGACGAAGGAAUCGCCUCAAUAUAAUAAAUAUGUCAGACGGUCACCAGGCUAUCGUUCAAUAAAUAAUAAAACCGAAAAAGCUCCCAGGAAAAUCAAAGGGGAAGGUAACUCUAAAGAUUUCGGUGGAAAUCGAAAAUACAAAAGCCAUGAACCUUACUAUAAAGAUUUGAAGGGAAAUCGAAAAUAUAAUUCUUUAAUGAAACCCGACGAAGGAAUGAGUACCAAAGAAACAUAUGAGAAUUUAAAUCGCAAAGAUUCUCUGCGAAGAAUAAGACUUCAUCAUGGCCACCAGAGGAAAAACUCGAGACCAAGACCAGGUACUCGGAAACCGUUUAGUCAGAGCAGGGAAACCCUUGUUAAUAAUCCAUUGACAUCUGUUAUGAAUCCACAUGAUGUCAAUUUAAAGGAUAAUGUCUGGCCUACACAUUUAUAUGAUCACAAUCCGAAUCUGAGAGCCUGGUUGGAUGCCCUGACCAAAGAUAAUAUAACGGAUUUAAAAACAACUGAUGAUCCCGAUAAAUUGGAACUACACUUACACAAUGAUCUACUCAAUUGUACCACCUAUGCAGGAUUAGAUGAGUUUUUAAAAUCCCUACCCAAAAAUACAACUGAAAGUACCCCAAAUUCCAAUGAUAUGGAAGAAAUUGAUAUGGAUUUUACAACAGUGGAAAUUGAUGAGUUCCCUACGGAAAAUCCAAAUUCAGAAAAUGUUACCGAUUUAUAUACGGAUACUUAUGAGGAGAAUACCACAGAAGAUUUAGAAGAACCUGAGGAUUACUUUACCGAAAGUGAAAUGGAAAAUACAACAGCAUGUGUGGAAGUAACAACCAGAAAUUGGUUGGAUUUUGAGAACACAACGGAAGAUGGUGCAGAUUAUGAGAUUCCUGAAAAUAAUACUGACGAUUAUGAGUGGUCAGCUAUUACUCAGGACCCAGAUUUAAAUAAUUCGGCUAUUGAAAAUCCGGAUGUUAAAUGGAAUAUUAAUAUCAAUGCCCAGGUUCAUGGAAAUGCAAAAAAUAAGAGUUAUAUGGGAAAUGGUACCAUACUACUAAAUUCCGGGUUUGGUGAGGAUGAUCGUUACAGAAGACAUACGCCGAAGAAAAUUGAUAGUUCAAGAGGAAAUUGGCGGAACAAUUUAGCAAAUGAAGAACAACAUGAAAGACCCUCUGACGAUGACUCCUCUGAUAUAACAUCCGGUAAAUUAUCAGCAAAUAUUGUGCAAAAAAUAUUUCGAACGGUGCGAGAACAUCCAAAAUUGAAAAUUCUAUGGCCAAGUUUGCAGCGUAAUAAGCUUGCUCAGAGACCAGAAAUGCCGAACUUUUAUACUAUUCGCAAUAAGGAUAGCGAACAACAAUUGCAACAAAGUGAACAACUGAUGAAGCAAGCUCUCAAUACACUAAAUGAUCUUAUCGAUCAACAGGUUUACUCGCGUAGCUGCCUGCCUUUGAGACCAGAUUUACAAAAAUUCUAUGAACAAAUUUUAAAGACCCAAGAUGAGCGGAACAAGUAUCGUAAAAAACGUGAGAAUGAUAAGAAAAUUGUGAAACGACAAAGUAGUAAAAAUAAAAUAUCACAGGGCAGCAGCUAUGAGAAUUCGAACGAAAAAUCUGAUGAAAAUAGAAAAGAUUCCCCGGGGAAUAAAGCUGAAAAGAAAUCAUCCAUUGGUGUCAGGAACCUUUUGAGAUUAUAUGAAGGAGAUGAUGUGAGAAGUGCAAGUGAUCAAUUGGAAGCUUUACGUGAAAUGCAAGAAAGGGAAGCAAAAGAAAGAAGAAAACAUAUCCAGGAGAAAUAUAGGAAAGAUGGUUCGAAUGAUGCUCUAAAAAUUUUGGAGCAAUAUUAUAGUCCGGAAUAUUCGAAGUUGCAGAAGGCAUGUGAGUCUUAUAGGGAGUUGGGAUGA